AUGCGCGUUGCCCCGCGCUCCCCCUUCCGCUUCCGGUCCUGGCGGAGGCGGCGGUAUGGAGCGGGAGCUGCUGCGCCAAGUGCUGAGCUACCACGGCCCCUCGCUCCUCGCCUUGCUCCGCUCCGAGCAGCACGACAACCCUGACUUCCGCGGGCUGCUGCCGCCCCCGGGGACCGUCUUCGAGCCGCCCCGCGGGGCCCCCCGCUCGCCGUCCGCGUGGGCCGAGGAAGAUGCGGAGCUCGACACCGAGAUACAGCGCUUCAUCGCCAAAAAGGCGGACCUGCUCUUUGCUCAGUCGUGGAAACCCAAUGGUCCUAUUGCCGACAACAUUGAAGAAAAUGAAGAGUAUUAUGCUGUGAUGCCUCCCCUGGAGCAGUUCAUGGAGGUUCCUGGGGAAAUCAGGAGAGAGUUAUUUUUUCGAGACAUCGAACGUGGAGACAUCGUGAUUGGGAGGAUUACUUCCAUUCGUGAAUUUGGCUUUUUCAUGGUGUUGAUGUGUCUGGGAAGUGGUUUCAUACGGCAGAUUGAUGACUUACAAAUCAGUGCUCUUUGUCCACUGAGAGAUGUGCCUUCUCAAACCAACCAUGGAGAUCCUUUAUCUUAUUAUCAAGCUGGAGAUAUGAUUCGAGCGGCUGUUAAGGAUGUCGAUCGAUACCACGAGAAGAUCACAUUAUCACUCUACAGCUCAGCUCUUCCACCCAAUCUUUCUAGUACAAAACUAGGAGUAAUUGCCUCUGAGGACUUGCCCUUACAUUAUAGGCGAAGCUUGGAAGUUGCAAAAACAGGAGAGACAUUUGAAGAGGUGUUGCAUCGUUCCCCGGGAUUUGCAAAUCCAUCAUUAAUUGAAUAUUUAACAGAGAAACUAGGAAUAAGUGAAUCAAAUCCACCAUCUUUGAUGAGAAGUCUACAAAUGAAGAAUAUUGAUGAAGAAGAUUUUGCCCCUGCGUUGAGGAAAAAGCAGUCUGAAUCUUGGGCCCUGAAUUGUGUGAAGGCGGGGGUUGAUUGUUUUAAGGAUGGGCGCCACGUGGAAGCCAUGAAUGAGUACAACAAGGCUUUGGAAAUAGAUCCACAGAAUGUUGAAGCUUUGGUUGCUCGUGGAGCUCUGUAUGCAACUAAAGGAAGUCUGAACAAAGCCAUAAGUGAUUUUGAAAUUGCUCUAGAAAACUGUCCUACGCAUAGGAAUGCAAGGAAAUACCUUUGUCAGACGCUUGUGGAAAGAGGCGAGCAGUUGGAAGAGGAAGACAAACUAAUAAAUGCUGAGAGUUACUAUAAAAAAGCCUUAAGUUUGGAUGAAACUUUUCAAGAAGCAGAAGAGGCCUUAACAAAAGUCCGUAAGCGUAUACAGAAAUCUUUGGAAAUGAGGGAGAAACAAGCUGCAAAAGAAGAGAGAGAGAAAGAAAAGCAAGUAGAAACAAGUGCAGAAAAAUUGCGUAAGCUUUUAAAAGAGGAAAAAAGGUUGAAGAAGAAAAGGAAAAGAUCAGCUGCUUCCUCCUCCUCCUCUUCAUCCUCUUCUUCGUCUUCAACUGAUUCUUCAUCAGAUGCAUCAAUUUCUUCCUCCUCUUCCUCUGAUCACAAGAAACGCAAGAAAAAGCAUCGGAAUAGAUCAGAGUCAUCCCGUAGCUCCAAAAAACGCUCUUCCAGAGCUUCCUCACAUUAUAAAGAUCAGAUUAGGAAAGAGGAGUGGUAUUCACCUCCAGCUGAUACCUCCGCCUCCUUCCUUAACCAAAAUUUUGAAAUGGAAAAACUGCUGGAAAGGCAGGACAGCUUAGUAUGUCCAAAAACAGAGGUAAGAGAUAAAGACAGACACUGUUCUCUGUCGAGGACUUCAGGUGAUGAUGAAGACACUUUUGGAGGUAGGUCUGAAGAUUCAAGAGAUUCUUGUAGUUCCAAAACUCAGGCAAGUACUAGCAAAACCGAAAGAUACCAUAAAACAGACAGAUUUUUCUCCAGUAGAAGGGGAUAUUCAGGUUCAUGUUAUAAGUCAGAUGAUAAAAGCAGGAUGCAUUACUUUAGGAGAUCGGAAUGGGAUGCCGAAGGGAGAAGAGAACACUAUAAAAAGCAUGGCUGGGGUCAGGACAGGUAUCACACAUCUCCAGCAGGGUCUGACUAUUCUGGCAAGUCAAUGGGAAAGUACAGAUCAUAUUCUAGCACUCCUUUACACGAAGGUGAUAAACGUUAUGACAGUGAUAGGCAUGAGUUAACUCAGCAUAAAAGUGAAAGUGGGCGUAAGUACAGGGAAAGAAAUUAUGAGGAGACUAAUAAAACAAAGGAACCAGACAGGGAAUCUACUUUAAAUGAUACAGGACAAACAGAAAGCGGUACUAAAAGAAACCUGCCCCAGAACUUAGUUAACAUAUUCAAUCAAAUUGCUGAAUUUGAGCGGGAAAAAGGAAAUAAGCAGAAGAAACAGCAAAGUACAUAAGAAAAUGCUUUCUGUUGGAUGUAGUUAUGAAUUUUUAUCUGGGCUUCUUUUAAGGGAACACACACAUGAAAAAUGACAAGCAGAAUUUCUUGCCUUGCAGAAUGUCAGAGUUCUUAAGGUAAAGAUUUGUAUAGUGGAAAGAGAUGCAAUGAUACCUUAGCUAAGAUAUUAUUAUUUAAAAUCAAAUUUUCUUAUCCUCUCGAGAUGUUCCUGUACAAUAUGCUUUGUGUGAUGGAAUGAAAUCAUUUGAUUCUCUUCGACUGUAGCUGUGGAACUUCCAUCAAAUACACACUUUAAGAGCAGGAAUUUGUUUUUUGUUUUUCUUCCCCUGGAAUACAACUGACUAUUGCAUCAAGCUUUAACUUCCAGCCAUUGAAGGUGGAAAAUUAAAUGAAAUUCAUAUGCCAUCAACAUAUAUAACUCGUUUGAUCAAUAAAUUUUCUUAAUUUUG